AUGGCGCCGACUCGCAGCUCACUGCCUGCGCUUCUGCUCCUGCUCGUGGCCGCCACUGCCUUUGUCAGCGCUGCUCCGGAGGGGGAGGAAGCGCUGGCUGCCCGGCACGAGCGGUGGAUGGCCAAGCACGGGCGCUUGUACACGGACGCUGCCGAGAAAUUACGCAGGCAGGAGGUGUUCGCGGCCAACGUGCGGCACAUAGACGCUGUAAACCGGGCGGGCAAGCGGACCUACAUGCUUGGGCUCAAUCAGUUCUCCGACCUCACCAAUGAAGAGUUCGCGGAGAAGCACCUCGGGUACCGUCACCAGCUCCGUCCCGAGGACAGCACUCCGGUGAACAUGUCCAAGGCUCAGGUCCAGCCCAUGCCGGACAGCGUGGACUGGAGGGCCAAGGGUGCCGUCACCCCAGUCAAGAACCAAGGUUCGUGCGGGAGUUGCUGGGCGUUCGUGGCGGUGGCGGCGACUGAAGGGCUCGUAAAGAUCGCCACCGGCAACCUCAUCUCCAUGUCAGAGCAGCAGGUGCUGGACUGCACCGGCGGCGCCAACACCUGCACCACCGGCGACGUCAACGCCGCGCUAAACUACAUCACUGCGAGCGGUGGCCUGCAGGUGGAGAGAAACUACGCGUAUACCGGCCAGCAGGGCGCUUGCCGCAGCAGCCGCGUCGGGCCAAAUUCGGCCGCCUCCGUCGGUGCCCCCCGGUUUGCGAUCCUGCACGGCGAUGAGGGCGCGUUGCAGGAGCUCGUGGCCAGCCAGCCGGUGGCCGUGGGCGUGGAGACUGAGAGUGACUUCCAGCACUAUAUGAGCGGCGUCUACACCGGCAGCUCGUCGUGCGGGCAGAACCUGAACCACGCCGUGACGGUGGUGGGCUACGGGACGGACGCCGGGGGGCAAGAGUACUGGGACGUGAAGAACCAGUGGGGGACGGCGUGGGGCGAGGGGGGCUACAUGCGCCUCGCGCGCGGGAGCGGCACCAACUGCGGCGUGGCUACCCACGCCUACUACCCGACCUACAACUUUUCUAGUAGAGGAGGUAUGUACCGUGAUGCUCUCCAACCGCCACCGGUAAAAACAGAAUCUGAGAAGGGUUUUCUGUUUCUCAAUACGAAAACUUAUACACACAUAAAUACCUUUUCAUGGCCGAUCGAGGUCGUGGAGAUCUCUGCCAUGGUAACGAAUUCGGCUGCCAUACCAGUGAUUUCUGGCCCUCCACUCUUCUUUACUGCUGACGAUAUUGUUUAG